AUUACUGUUGCUGCUGCUAGCUCCCUUCACCUUUCUCCUCAGCUCGCUUGCUUGCGGUCCGCAGCUUUCGGAAGAUGGCUCGCCAUACAGCGAGCGCUAAGGCGCUCGCAGUGGUGACUGCGCUGUUGGCGCUGAGCGCCGCGACAGCAGCCCAUGCCCGCAAAACGAUGGCCACGGUCGGCCCUCGGCGCCAGCUGCCGACUGCUGACGUGUGCUCUACGCAGCAGCCGUCCGACUACUGUAACGCUUUCUUCGCCCAGUGCGCCACCUUCACCUGCUCCGGCAACGUCGUGACCCUCACCCUGAGCAACGGGGGCGCUAUCUGCAAGGACGCAGGCGGUUACUCCUGGGCUGCCUGCCUCAAGGCCGGCGGCGCAGCCUGCGGCACUCAGACCAACGCUCAGUGCAGCCCCGGCGCCGCGACGUUUAAGAGCCCCGGCGGCACGUACUGCGACAGCGGCGCCUCGGUUGCGUCGUGGACGCUGGAUGCCGGCGUCACGCAAUGCCCGCUGACCAAUGGAGGCAACGGCUGCUACGCUGGCAACUCUGGCUGCACCGUCUGCGAGCACAUCUACAAUGUCGACUGCUCCGCGAGCAGCCCGCCCUCUCCCGCCCCUCCCUCUCCCGCCCCUCCCUCUCCCGCGCCUCCCUCUCCCGCGCCUCCCUCUCCCGCGCCUCCCUCGCCCGCGCCUCCCUCGCCCGCCCCGCCCUCGCCUGAGCCUCCCUCUCCCGCGCCUCCCAGCCCCGCCCCGCCCUCGCCUGAGCCGCCGUCUCCCGCGCCUCCCAGCCCCGCACCUCCCUCACCCGAGCCCCCGUCGCCCGAGCCUCCCUCGCCCGCCCCUCCCUCGCCUGCGCCUCCGUCGCCUGAGCCUCCGUCGCCCGAGCCUCCCAGCCCCGCCCCUCCCUCACCGGAGCCCCCGUCGCCCGAGCCGCCGUCGCCCGCGCCUCCCAGCCCCGCCCCUCCCUCACCGGAGCCCCCGUCGCCCGAGCCGCCGUCUCCCGCGCCUCCCAGCCCCGCUCCUCCCUCGCCCGCCCCUGCCUCGCCCGAGCCGCCGUCUCCCGCGCCUCCCAGCCCCGCCCCUCCCUCGCCCGCCCCUCCCUCGCCCGCCCCGCCCUCGCCCGCCCCGCCCAGCCCGCUCCCGCCCUCGCCUAUGCCCCCCUCGCCCGCUCCUCCUCUGCCUAACAUCGCCAGCUGCGUCGCGCCCACAUCCUGCCCGGCCACCAGCGUCAUGACGGCCGCCGGCAUCCCCAACGCUGUCGCGCCCUAUGAUAGGACAAUGAACGUUUCGUGUGCCUGACGGCGACUGAUGUUUG